CGCUGAAAUAGAUACAAACCACCCGCUCACCCAUCAAAUCCCUUUGCUUCAUCUGUAGCCUGUGGCUCCAGGCUCAGUACCAUGGUGACUCGGGACGACUAUGUCGACUCCCACGCCUCGGAAGAAGCGAAUAUCCGAUUUCUUCAGACCCUACAUCAAUCCUACAGUUCCAGCGAAACGCUCAACGCCAUCCACCGACGCCGACCCAGCCGCGCAGAGCGAUUCUGACCUUGAGAUUACUCGAGUGGUGACCACACCUAGGAAGACAAAGAACCCAAACAUAGAGAUUACACGAGUAGUGACAACACCCAGCACCUCAAGAAGACCGCAUGCAAAGAGCAGAACACCUAAAUCCCCGACCUUCUCACCACUGAGUGGACCAGGCUCGAACUCGCAGUCCAUACCCUUCCGCAGUCCCAAACCUCGAAACCCAAUAAACUCGCCAUUGACUUCCAAACGAUCUGCCCUCCACAAUACAGACAGAACUUCUUCGUCCCCUUCUCCAACCCCGAUCAAGCGGCCUUCGUUCGUACCCGUACCCCCGUCAACGCAGAGUUUCUCUCGUCAUACCGAGAUCACAGAAAUUCCCGAUUCUGAUGACGACGAUGCAGACUCUGUAGACUCGCUAGAAUCGUUGAGUGGUCUCUUCGGAAGGAAAAAGAAUGGGGACAUCACAUCCCGCUCGUCCUCUCCGGAAGUCGACGAAGCGCAACUCGAGGCUGAACGGAUUAGAGCGCUCAGUGCUUUCACAGGAGGCAGGUCGGUCCCUCUGGUCGGCAAGGAUAGGCUCCGUGCUCUGUUGGCGAAACAAAAGGCGACGGAUUUCGACUUCUCUUCAAUUCUCGGCGAUCAUUUGAACGACCAGGGCAUUGAGGAAAAGGUGCGUAAGUCACGCGCGGAUUAUGAGGCGUCGAAGGGCCCCGCAGAAAAUAAUGAUAAUGCCAGUCUGGAUAGGAGUCUUCUCGCAACGGUCGCGACGAAGGUCGAGGAUGACGACCACCAUGACGGAGUUUCCAGGCUCAUGGAUGCUGUGGAACGUACAGAGGCCCUUUCUGCGGAUCGCGUCUUUUUAUUCUUCGGGUCAGGCAGGCUGAGAGACUGGAAAGACGAGAUUCCCAUUCAACUCGAAUUCCCCGAACAUGCAAUUCCAGAGAAUCUAUGGCGCGCAGGUGACGAUGAAGCUAGAGCACGCAUGUUCACGUCUGGAUAUAUUGCGGAUCUCUCUGCUAGAGGACGCAUGCCCGAAGAGGCGUUGAAAUGGGCCUUCAACACGGUUGUACUUGAACAACAGGAUGACGUACGCCGUGCGUAUAUCGAGUGCUUAAGAAACGCGAGUCCGGCUUGGACGAGACACAAUAUCACGGCUCAGGAUGUGCAGGCGAUUUUCCAGUCUUUGGGCGCAGACAUGUCAAAAUCACAAGAAGCCGUUACGAUCGAACCAAGGUAUCGUGUGGCGCCCGAGCCAGACAGGACGAACCCCAAAUAUCUCCUUUCGGCAUUGGACAUGUUUCAGGCCAUCUCUCACGACAUGGAUUUUCUGGCUCUGAGCAAACUGACCUCCCUGGUUUGUCGGCUUGCCAUUGAUUCUGAACUCAUGAGCGACGGCCGAGUGUCAGUCAAAGUCGAAGAUACGCUUCGGGCCCUGCUCAGCCUUCCGGACCCUGACAUGAAAGCUCACGUCCUCGAGAGAAUACUCACGGACGUCGGGAAGCACUUGCAAGAUCCGACACUACAAGCACAUCUCCUCUCACACAUCCUGCCCGUCUCUCGCACUGCUAUCAAGGCCCGUCUGGUCCUCGCGCAGACAUUCAUCCUCGGCUCCGACAGUCUGCAGGACGGUAAAUGCCUGCCGGAUUCAGGGUACCUGAACACCUUGACCCAGCGCGUCUCUCGACACUCGCUCUUUAGCCCCCACCGACACAGAGACCCCAAAAACAUCGACUACACCGCCCUCCGGGCCCUCACGCACGUCCUCGACGCCGCCAUCGCCGACGGCGGACGGCCCGCCAGUUUCGACUCGCGCGCCGACGAAGUCACGUUCAACAAGUCCGUCGACAAGAUCGCCGAGACGGUCCGCUCGACUCUCGUCUCCAUCAUCGACACGGGCGCGUCUCAUCUGAGUCGGACGGAAGCCAAGGCCGCCUUGCAGGCCCUGUACUGGCGGCUGUUGUUCGGCGUGCGCACGGAACAGAGACCGAAGAAGAACAUCUUUGACCUCGAGACCGGCCGCAUCCGAGAUUCGCAGGACUUUCGGAGCGAGCAAAAGGGCAAAGAUGUCAUGAAGCGGUUUCUGGCACGGCCUGGAGGUAACGAUCCAAGGUCUGCGACUGUCGCCUCCACCACGAACACGACCUGGACUGCGAGCGUGGUGGGAGCACCACCGGCCGAUUCUGCCAAGAGUACAAGUCUGUCGGCACCUUCUUCUUCCCAGGCAUCAGAGACCAAGUCGGAGACGGAAGAGAUCAUUCGUAAACAACUAGGUCUCUCUGACUGGUUGUAGCAUGGUUUGUGACGGGCUUGACGUGAUCGUUCUUUUUUCUUUCCGGGCAAUUCUGAAACAUGUAUUUCGUCUUAUCAGCGUGGUGUUGGUGGUUUAAAAACGGGAAUACUGCGUGCAUUUGCAUUUUACAACAUGGUUUUUGACUUGGGAAUGGGAACAUGACUUAGUGACAUAUGCAAGGUAUGCAUGACAAU